AACGAAAAAUGUGUCGAAUAAAUCUAGCACUAUGUUCGGUGUCAUGGGCUCGCGGUUUGGCGUCCUCGAUUUAAUAGCAUAAGAUAAAAAAAUAAAAACGAUGACGACGGCGACAGUGACGACGAUGACAAAGAUGAAAAACAUCCAAAAAUCGCUGAGACACUUGAUGUAAACGAUUUUUUUUUAUUUACCGUCGUCAUUCGCGCGACGAAGAAAAGCAAUUUGUAUGGAAAAUGCUACACAUUUUCAUGGGUGCAAGUGCGCGCGAUACCACACAAAACCGAGAUGGAGAGAGAGAGAGAGAAAAACCCGUCUCCAUGCAUUCUGAUAACAAAUUCAAGUAUCGAUAACAGCGGAAUUUUUUUUUAUAUAUAUUUACGUGUACAUAAAAAAGAGACUAUAAUUCGAUUUAUCGAAAUAAAGCCGAUAUAUGUGUGGCUAGAGAGAGUGAGUGAGAUGGUGAGGUUGUGUUCAAAAACCGAUUAUCAGCCGAUUCCAGCGGUGAUAUAUCGAUGUCGAUCUCAUAAAAGAAAAGAUUUAUGGUGUUCGGCGAGUGUCGCGCGUUCGUUUACUCACUCGCACUUGUGCUCGUUUCAGUCGAUGUAAAAAUUGUAAUUCAAAUGGGAUUUUCUUCAUUCUGUUCAUUCGUUCGAUCAUUUUAUGUUGUUGCUGUUGUUCGCUUCUUGUGCAGUGCAUUUGUCAGCCGGGUGGCGGCCGACUAAUUGAAAAGGGCGGGUGGAAAAAAGGUACUCAUUCAUAUUGGGAAUAUAUGUGCAAACCAAUUCAAACGGAUGAGAAAAAAUGACAACAGUAAUAAUAAAGUAAUUCGAUGAGUAUAAAUAACGAUGCUAACGAAAUGCUUCACAACAACAGUAAUGAGUUGUGUCAUCCGGUUACAUGCGAAAUAUGCCACACAGCGCAAAAUAUGUUCGACAUGGACACACAUCCACAUUUUUGCUGUUGUUUGCCAUGCUUGCAAAAAUGACCAAAAUGGAAUGGGUUCGAUGGAACGGGGUGUCAUGGUUCAUGUGAGAAACCGAGUGAGACAGACACACACACAGAGAGAGAGCCGAGAGUGUAUGAAUCAUUUCGAUGUGUUGUCGGUUUCUCUGUCGCUUCGGAAUUGUAAACGAUGUAAUGGAAAGUGCCACAAUCACAGUUUUCACCCAAAUCUAUUUGAAAUUGACUAUACGAUCCGAUCCGAUCGACGAGAACGACAUCGACAACCGACCGAUGCAAGGAAACGCAGCACACAUACACACCCAGCCAACUGGCCAAUCCAAAAAUGGCAAAACCAAACCAUUUUCAUGUUCGUUCCACUAUCUCUUUCACAUUCUCUCCCACUAUUGCCAUCUCGUUCGCUCGAUUCUUUGUGUAUUCUCUAGACCCAUUCGACGAGAAAUGAACCGUUAGACACACAAGAAAAUAUAAAUACUUGGUGGUUGGUGGUUACGUUAUUCGUUAUUCACUCGGUCGGUAUUUAUUUUUAUGCUACUUGUUCCGCUUAAUGCGGAAAAUGUAUUAUCGAUUUUCUUUUAAAGCCGAAGAGGAAUGAGUGAGAGACGGUAUGAGCGAGAAUAGGAGCGAGGAGAGACCAAGGCAAAUGAAAAAAAAAAAUAAGAGAGCUGAACGAGCGAGCGAAAAAUGAAGAGCGACUCCAAAAACAACAACAGAAAAAUAAUACAACAACAACAACAACGACAAAAAACCACCCGACCCGAAUGCUUUAUGCUUGGUUAUAUAUCAAGCAAACACGCCAUUAUCAUGUUGUACGAGUGUUUGUUGGUUGGUUUCGAGAGGCGAGAGAGAGAGGGAGAGAUAGAAACGACCAAUUCUCGAACCCGAUUUGUCGCAUUGUUCGAUUUGCCUUAUGUUUGUUGUCGUUGUUAGCGGCUGUUGCUGUUUUCGAGAUGGAUAAUUUUUAAAACAAAUUAAAAUUAAAGCAUUCACAUAACCAUUUAGAUGUUUCAGCCUUUCAGCCCCGCUCUCAAUCGCUCUCGCGUGUUCUCGUUGGAGCAUAUCUUGGGUGAGAUUUUCUUCCUUUUCGAUUCGAUGAUUUUUCGGUUAAUUAUUCAGACCAAAUGGUCAGUUCGACAGUUGGAAAAGUCAAUGCGAAUGGUCGGACAUUUUCGGGGGAAUCAAUGUUGAUGGCUGCUGCCAAUGAGCGUCCACAUAACUGCUUGAUGGUUCGCAUAACCAAAAUUAUAUAUAACAACUGACAACACACAAGACCAUUACGUUAUUUUCUCUCUCUUUCUCUCUCUCUCUCUCUCUCCUUGGUGCCUCUAUGUAUAUAUUAUGUUAUGGAAAUUAUGUGUGCGUAUUCAAGUAGAAAUUCAUUUUCCGCUUGAUGUUCAUUCGGGAAGUGUUGAAAUAUUGAUUGGAAUGCUUAUUAAUAGAAUAGGCACUAUGACAUUUGUGUGUGCGAGAGUGUCUCCUGCACUCGGUGUAAAGCAGUGAGCUAUUUUUUUUCUCGGUAUUUAAACCGAAGCAACCGAUUACUAUUAUUGCAAUUAAAAGUGGUGUGUGACGGACACAAAGAUGUGCCGAACUCGGCUGUACAGGCACGCAGUACAUUUCCAGAAAUUUCAAACAAUCAAGCGUUGCCAAUUAAAUACACAUUAAAAUUUGACGCAAUGAACAGACAAACAAACGAGCACAAGAUCUGCCGUUCUCUCUCUGUCUUGCUUUCUUUCUCUCUUUGGGUGCUAGAGGAUUUUCGAGACUUGAGCCCAUAAAUUAUCAAUAUAAUGCGUAAAUGAGUAUGUUCUGAGAGUGGUCCCAUUAUACCGAGUGAGAGAGAGAGAGAGAGAGAGAGAGAGAGAGAGAGUGAGAGGAAAAAAACCAUAAAUGCCAUAAGUGUAUUAAAUGCAGUUGAAUUUCGUGAACAACCCAGGCCAUUCAAAGUGAGUGAAUGGCAUUAAGCGCCCAAUGCAUAUUUUUGACGAUUUUUUGUGUGUGUGUGUCGACUCUGUGCCCACAGACGAAAUAUUUGGAAUGCCCAAUAUUUUUUUUUCUCCGGUUGUUGUUGUUUGUUUCUGUUCUUCACUCUCUUCAUGCUCUCGGCGGCCACCGUUCGUUCCAUUUAGCGUCAGAUGCAGACAUUGUGAAUGGGCAAACCGGCCAUAUGCAUUCGACAGACGGAUUGAAACAGCCGACUCAAUCCGCAUUAAAGUGUGUGCACGAGCCACAGUUAACUGUCGAAAUUACGAUAUUCAUCGCAUAAUUUUUUUCUCUCUCUCUCUCUUUUUUUCGAUCGUUCUUGAUAAUUCAUUACGUGUGUGUGUGUGUGUGUGUGUGUGUGUGUGUUCCUCUUCCUACUCUGAAUUUCAAUCGACUCUCUCAAUUGUUGACGGGCCGUUUUUAUUCAGGUUUUCUAAGUCUUAUUGAAUUGUUGUUGUUGUUUUAUUGUAAAAUUUUCAACAUUUUUCGUUACACAAAAGACAAAAUCCAAAAGCCCAAUCAUUGAAAAAUGAACACAUCUGUCGUCGUCGUCGUCAUAGAUAUAGGUGCAUGGAUUUUUACAAAAAAAAAAUUUCUUUUUUCUUCGGUAAAUUUUGUUAUAUUGUUGUUUAAUGUUAACGAGAUCGAUAAUAAAAUGAAAUAAAUGUAUAGGUUUUAAAAAUGGGCACCAGAAUUGACUAUGAACUGGUGUGUUUUGUGCAGCACACGCGGUACGGUGUGUGCUUUGCACUCAGCACACGAGGCCUUUGUCAAUCCGAGGCACGAAUGAAAAGAAAUGCGUGUAUGUUGGUUUUUUCUCUCCUCUUCUUUGAUUAUUAUUCCGGAUCACAAUCAAAAUGAAACAUGAAAAACGAUCGACACAAAACCUCGAAACGCACAAACUAAAUCCCAAAAUGAGGAAAAAAAUAGAAAUGCAAGAAAAUGAAGAACACUUUUUCGUUUUAUUUUAUGGAAACCCAGAGAAAAAGAGAGAGAGAGCGAGCAAAAUUAUGAAAGAAAACCGUUUAUUUGAGCUAAAAAGAAAGAGACUGAUGAUAAAAAGAACAAAGUGUGGAAUUAAUGAAACCAACAACAAAAUAAUAAAAUGAAGAGCGAAGGAAGAAAAAAGCCAAAAUGAAAUGAACUGCUAAACCAUAUAACUCAAUCGCCUGGCGCACCAACACACACACACACAAUCGUAAAGAAGUAAACACCGAAAAUGUUUUUAAUGCCCUGUUGUAAUGCGCGCAUAUUUUUAGAGAGCAACCCAAAACAAGCGACGAAACUGCUAUAUGCUGUUGCUGUUGCUGCUGCUGCUACGGUAAUCGCAUACGCUUGAUGCAUACAAAGCAUUUUCACAUUUCCACUUUAAAUCGGGUAUAUAUUCGUAUUCGGUUCGCCGUUGCCGUAUUGAGUUGAGUUGAUUUGAGUUCUGUAUGCCUUUGAAUUUUUUUUUCUCUCUCUCUCUCUCUCUCUCUCUGUUCGCUGCUUGCUGUUGUUGUUGCUGUGGUUGUUGUUGCUGUUUAAAGAAUCGAUGUGCGAUGCGCACACACCACCGUAUAUGAAAUGACGAGUCGAGUCGAGUGCAUAAGCAGCAUAUGGAUAAACAACACAGCUCAAUGCUCUAUGCCUGCUGAAUGUUAUGAUGGUUUUAAUACUCAUUGUUGAGCUGCGCCGUAUUUUCUGUCACUCUCUUCGCCAUUUAUUAUAGCUACAUAUCGCAUUUAUAUUGCGUUUGUUUUGCUGUUGCUGUUUCGAUCGUUCUUAUGUGUAUUUUCGUCUCGCUCCUGUUCCUGCCAUCGCCGCUCUCUCUCGCUCCUUUUCGUUUAGUGUUUGCCGUUGUAUGUUUGUUUGUUUGUUCGGUGUCUCGAUGUGUCUCUCGGUUAAGGUAAAGUUGUGCGCGCAUCAAACCAAAAACAGUCAAAAUUCUGUUCGUGACAAAGAUUUAUGCCUCUCGUUUUUUUCCCUCUCCCUCUCUCCGUCUCUCUCUUUCUUUCUCUCUUUCUAUUUAUACGUACACCGUGCAUAUCUCUCGGUACAUUAUUUAGUUUUUAAUUUUUAUUCUCUAUCUGCGAUAAAGAGACACAAACAGCAACGUAGUUUUUCAAUUUGUUGCUCAAUUGAACUCCACAUCUGGCACGACUUUCAUGGGCCCCGGUGUUUUGUGUAUGGGUGUGUGUAUGUGUGUUAUACUGGUCUCUAGCUCAUUCAGGCUCUUUUUCUUCAAACGCUCCAAAACCGUGAUCAUUUUGCUGCCGUGCCACUAUGAUCCGUACCGAGUACAGCUAUUAUUAUUUCGGCCACAUCUCUUUCUACACGAUCGUUUCGUUUUUUUUUUUCUUUUCAUUUCAUCUCUUCUAUAUUUUAAGGCGUUCGAUUAGCUAUCAGAUUAUUUUUUCCACGGCGCAUAUUCGCCUCCAUAAAAUGUCACUUGGCUCUUGCUAUAUCUCUCUCUCGAACGCGAAGAAAGAAGGAAAGCAUGAAAAACACACACACACCAAUUUCCCGUUUGUUUUUAGCUUUUUUUUAUUUGGUCCGUUUCGUUCGCAGCUCGUAAACUAUCGUGUUAUGGAUAGUGUCGAUCGAGCUGGCUGCAAUUUCGUUUACGACGACGGCUGUGCGCACGCUCAAAACUCUCUUUGUUCGAUUGCCUCAUUGCAUGUGCGCUACAAAAUCUCUUGCGCGCAAUUAUUGCGAUGUGGUUACUUUUGUCUUUUACCAAACCAAGAGCAACAAAUUCAAAUUUGUAUGCCAUUUUUGCAACGAAACAUUUUUCUCAGUCAGCUUUUCUUUGCACCGUUUCAACGGUGCAUUUUUUGUUUCCUUCGUUCGCUUCUUCGCUGCAGUUGUGUACCAUUAUUAUUUGCCCAUUUUUGGGUUGCGAACCAAAGACAUCGUCGGAUUUGUUUCUUUUUUCGUUUCCUUCUUGCGCUCUCUCUCUCUAUCUCUCUUGCGCGCGCGGAGCGAUCUCGAUCGUUAUUUAUGUUGCACAGAUUACUGUCCACAUCGGUUUUAGAUGAAUAUGACCGAAUUAGUAUGAUUCGCAAAUUGAGCACUCGGCUUGGCUGAGCGAGUUUGAGCUAGCUAACAAGCUGGCAUAUGCGCGCCUAUUCGCUCGCUAAUGCGCACAUGUUGCAGCUUCAACUUAAAUGAUGGAUUUGUCUUUUAUCUUGUUGUGUUUUUUUUCUCUCUUCUCUUUUAUUUUCUUUGUUGUUUUCUUUUCAAUUUCCAUAAAAAUCGUCAUAAUAAAAUCGCUUUGUGCUCGCGCAUAUUGUAUGAUGCGCGAUUGCUCGUUGCGUGCGCUCCUCCGUUCAUCUUGUGUAAUGAAAGAGCUUUGGUAUGUUUAUUGUAUUCCAUGUGCGAUAUUGUACAUAAUGCUUACUACACUACUUGCUUACUUCUUUUUAUCUACUUUUUUCGUCUCGUGUACAGUUUGUUUUCUUCAUAUUUUUCUCCGGUUGCUGCUAUUUUCCUUCUCUGUCUCUCUGUUCGUUUCAGCUCAAUUUGUCGCUUUUGUAGAUUUCCUUUCACAUGUGUCGUGUUGGUUUUGUUUCGAUUGAAUUGCGUGUACGUGCGUAUGACGGGUACAAAACCGUCCAUUUCUUUAUGAAAAAAAAACUCUCUUUUUUCACCUUUCUUCCCAAAAAAAACGAAACAUGAUGUUCGAAAAAAAAAUGUGUAGAGAGAAGAAAACACACAAGCAUACACAACAGCCAUAAUGUUUUUAAAAAAAAACUGUUUUGAUGCGGACUAUGUGCAUUGAGCAAUAGAUUUGUAGCUUUUGUAAGCAAAUCACUUCGAUUUCGAGUCAAUUUGUCGGUUUUUGAAUGUACUCUAUUCUUUUCUGUUUAAUCUCGUGGGAAGAGGGCUCUCGCGCGCACGCGUUCGCUUGCAAAAUUCCAUAUAAAACAUAAAAGAGAAGCAACGAACAAACGAAUACCGGGGAGAAAAAAAGAGAAGAAAUAGAGUCUUGAUUUGAGUUGAGAAAGAGAGUUCAACGAAAUCUCAAUCGCAAAACGUUUUAUUUAAUAAUAUGAAAUGCGCGUAAACAUCACUUAGUCAAACAAACGAACUGCUUUUCACAGCCAUUAUGAAUAUAUGGUGGUGUUGUUGUUUUCUUCAGUGAACAAUUUCGAAUUGUUUGUUUACUGAAACUUCAGCCGCUAAAGUACACAGCCUCAACAGCAACGGCAGUAGAAACGUUUUUUUUUUCUUCUUUCAAAAUGGAAAAUUAAAUUAAAUAAAACGGCAAUUCGAAUGUGUUAAUGAGUGUUAGGCAUUUGCAUUUUGGUCGUGGUCGAUUCGACAAGAAUGAGAUUCGAUCGCACGAACGACCGAACAAAUGGCUGUGGGAUCGUGGUUUGCAGCUACUGCUUAACGGCUCUGUUGUUGUUGCCGCUGUUGCCACUAGCUGGCUGCCUGGUUGCUGUGAAAAUUUCGCUUAAACGUGCUAGCCCAGGCCAAAAUUACUGGUACCCGACAUACAAUCCGACAAUGCAUAUCAUCUCUCACUUCAUCGUGCUAAAGAGAAUUUAAAUUCGAUCCUUGUCAUCUGUAUAUAUGCUUCUUUUCAUUGUUUUUGCUGCUGCUCUAUCUAUAGGCACGACGAUAUCAUUUUUCUUUCGGCAAGUUCCUUUUUUUCUCUCGACCGUUUGUGUGUGAGUCGUUGUUUUUUUCUUCUCUCACUCGUCGUCGCCGCCGUCUUAACUUCUCAGCUCAAAUGCUUACGAGAAUGUGUUGUUACGUGUAGUCGUGCAUAAUUUCAUCACGGAAAAGAAAGCAAAGGCGCAUUUUGGCUGUUCAGGCCCCAAAACCAUCAUCUCUCGUCUUGAAUCUCUCUUGUACUCUCUUUCUCUCUAACUGGGUUUGAGCACACAAGAGACAACAAACACAUAACGAGAGCGAGAAUUAGCUUUAGUAUCAUCACUUUGGAGUGUGUGUUUUCUUCUUCUUUUCACAUAUUAUAUAUAUGUUAAAAUAAAGGCACACACCGCAAUCGUCUUAUUCACUUGGGCUUUGAGUGAAGAGAAAACAGACGUGUUGCGUGCAUGAGUGCGAAUGAAUGGGUAAAUGCUCCAUCAUCUCUGCUUUGGCACAGCACAAGCAUCGACAGCAGCAGCAGCAUCAAUGACGGCGACGACGACGACAUCGACAACAUUGAAGGCGACAGCACUGGCCGAAAAGAGACAGAGAGCAGUAACCAAUCCAUGAUGUAUGCCGCGAUGAAAAACAAAACCUGAUCAUAUUCAUUUAUUGGACUUGGUUGUUGGUUCACUUUUUUUUCUUCUACUUCUUUCUGUACUCUCUUCGCUUUGCUUUAUGCAUCGCACAUUGAAACGCGCGCGCUAGCGCGUUUUAUAUUUUUUCUGCUUCUAUUUUUCUUCAUACAUGUUGUGUUUAUGCUGCUGUUGCCGUUGCUUUGUUACUCGAUUGUGCUGUGUCGUUCUCCUUCCACAAUCUGUCUUGAGCGCCUCAUUCUGCCGCUGGUUAGGACUUCGACUGCAUGGCACGAACUUCGUCUAGAUAUUAAAACACAACCAAGUAAUUGUCUCGGUAAAUUUUGGAACAGAUUGAAAUUUAAAUGGGUUUUUUGGCUGAAAAAAUGCGUUAAAAUCGAAUGAAAUGUGUGAAAUGUGCUUGAGUUAUGCGGAAAAAAUGCAAUUGUCAUAAAAUUGCUGGUCGGCCGCUGUUUGAUUCCGUGUUAUUCGCAUAACAGUGAUGUGUUUAUUUGGUGAAUAUAAAUAUCCAUAUAUUGUUCUGUGUGAUUGUUGUUGUUGCUGUGGUUGCGCGCUCUCAUGUUACUAUUGUUAGCCUCGGUGUGUGUAUGUGUUUGUUUGCUGUGUUGUUGGCAAAUCCGCCAAUUGGAAAAGUAAACAAGAAAAGCAACAACAAAAAACAUAACAAACAUAUAACACAAAGUGUAUACAUCGAUUGGCGAAUAAGCGAUUUAAGAACUUAACAAAUGUCGGCACUUCACGCUCUCAUAUUCCUUCCCUCUCUCUAUUUCUCUAUCUCACCCAUUUAUUAUUCGUCGAGAUGUUUUGUUUGUGUAUAAUUAAGUAAAGCACAUAAAGUCAUAAAGUUAAUUUAAGCCCUGUGUCCAAUUCGAUCCAAUUCAUCGGCCAAAUCGAACAGCACGGCUGCACCAAUGACGACGACGAUGACGGCAAUAUCCACUGCGACGACCAAAGACUCAAAUCCAAAGACAUAGUAGUGCAAUGGUGCAGUUCAUCCCAUAAACAUAAAAACUGACUCUGAUUUCCCAUUGAAGGAAAAGAAAAAUUAUAAUUGAAAAGAAGAAGAAAAAAGCGAACGAAAUAAAAACAGAAAUAUCCAACCGGAAUGUCGCCUGCCCUUUAAUGGGUUAGACCGAUUAGUUGUGCGUAAGAUUCGCAAGUUGAUUUUCGCAUACAUCUCGUGCAUAUGCAACGAGUGCGAAAGAGAGCGAGACCAGCCAAUAUUUAUUGUCAAGUAUUAGCUAGAUUGCCGCGUCAUGUGUAUUUUGUACUGUAAAGAACAAAACGACAGAAAUGUAGAAACGAAACGAAAUACAAGAAAGAAAAAAUGACCCAACAACAACAACAUCAGUAGUAGCAGCAGCACAACAAAUCGCUCGAUAUUUACUUUUCUGCAGCAUGUCUGACUGUGAAUGAGCGUGUGAGUGAGUGAGCGAGUGAGUGUGAGUAUGGAGAAAAGAGAAUAUGUGUGUUCUUGUUUCAUCAUUUUCUCUACACUGUUUUAUUUCAUGUGCGUCCAUUAUAUCUCGAUCAGUUGGCUGUCUUUCGCAGUUCGUGUAUGGAUCUGACAAUGAGCCAAAUUGAAAAGUACAAGCGAAUAUGAAACAACAACGACAACGACAACAAUAAUAAUAAUAACAACAACAACAAACCAUCAAACCAUCAAACUUGAGCCAACAACAAAAUAGCUCUGCUGUACCAAAAAUAUACAAGAAAAAAGCACACAAAAUCGAACGAAGAAAAAAAAGAAACACAUACAUUACACACACACACACACACACAGAGAGAGAGAGAGAGAGAGAGAGAGAGCGUAUAGUUCUUCUGAACUAACAAAGAAAGAGAAAGAGAGAAACAAAAAAACUAAGCUCAUCGAUAACACUAUUGAUGUUGAUUUUGAAUGUGUGUUAAAAGUUCUGUGUUGUUGUUGUUUUUUUAUUGUUUUGUUGUGUUUUAUCACCACACACCAUAAUCAUCUCGAAUUCGUGCACGGAACCGUUCUGACCGAAAGACUCAGACUCGCGGAUUGAAGCGCGAUCUCAUUCUCUUUCACUCCGUUUCUAUCGCACAACACAACGCACACACACCAUCCAAAUCAAAGAAAAUAUUUAAAAAAAAAAACCACAGACAAAAAAUCGAAUUUGAGCAAAAAUAAAAGUUGUUUCCAGUUUUUCGCAGCCAUCCAACAUAUAGACAACAACUCAUUGGUAAUUCCAGCGAAAUUUGCGAAACCACUUUUAUUUUAAAAACUGGCAUCCCGAUCAAUCCCCCAAAAACAGUACAAACAAAUACACAUACACACAAUUCUAUUUGCACUUGAUUUAGAAUUUAAAAUGCGGAAACUGACUGUGAAUAAGGAAGGCAUGAACCGUCUUCCAAAACGAAUGCAGCAAGCUAAACGAGUUACACCGCCAGCUGUUCCCGAAAUUUAUCGACAUUCUGGUAGCUCAUUUGGUUCGGCCGGUUACGGUUCGUGUGACGAUACAACAAACAUGGGCGGCGGUUCGAAUAAUUUUUAUGCCACUGCUAACGAUCCAAACAAUUCAUUAAAUGUGUCAUUGCGAAGUAACGCUAGCAAUUCAUCCAUUGAUUUACCUGAUAACGCAGCUAGUCGUCUACUACAAGCCAAUCCAGCAGCUAAUGUUAGCGGAAACGCAUCAUCGAGUGCCAAUACAGCACAAUCUCAACAGGCAUUCAUCUUUCACGUUCAAAAUCAGCAACCGCUGACACAUAAAGCAGCAGUAUACUAUCACCAGCAGCUAGCAUUGCAAGAGGAUCAAGGCAUUGAUCUAACACAGAGCCCAGGCCGAGAUAGUCCAGGUAGUUCAUCUGGUUCUGGAUCGGGUUCGCGACAUUCAACGGCCAGUUUAGACAGUGGCCGAGCGUCAUCAUAUCACACAUCAUCGUCGGUGGCAUCAAAACCAUCGGCAUAUCAACCGUUUUCCAAUCAAGUGCCACCAUUCACGAAUAACAGUGGCAUUUUAUCCAGUCCACGAUGCAGUUCGGUGAGUUCGUGUUCGAUUGGCAGUGCCGAUAUGCAUCGAACCGAUCAUGAAAUCAUUUGCGAUUGGCUGCGUGAACUGUCAAUGGAAGAGUAUGCACCAUUAUUCUCGGAGGCUGGCUAUGACAUGCCAACCAUUAGCCGAAUGACACCGGAAGAUUUGACGGCGAUCGGUAUAAAAAAGCCAAGGCAUCGAGAACGAAUCAAACAGCACAUUGACUCAUUGCAAUUACCCGAUAAUUUACCGCAUUACGUUCCGGGUUCAAUCGAGGAGUGGUUGCGUUUGUUACGUUUGGAUGAGUACAUUCAGCCAUUGUUAGCUCAAGGUUAUCGGCAAGUGCGCGAUGUGACACAGUUGCCAUGGGAAGAUAUGGAAGAUAUUGGUAUCGUUAAAUUAGGCCAUCAAAAGAAAUUACUAUUAGCCAUUAAACGAAUCAAAGAUAUACAUAGCGGAAAAUGGAUUGCGCCCGGCAUAGCAAACAGUCCACAGGAUUGCUCGGUCAAUUCACAGAUGCUCAACUGGGACCAUCAACAACAAUAUUUCGAACAAAUGCACAUGCUGAACGCAAUGCCACCGCAUCUCUCGCCUCUGUCAACCGAUAGCAGUAUUAGCAAUCAAUUCUAUCAGCAGCCCAACUAUCAACAGUCGCACCAUUUGAUGCCACACAAUACCAUUCUCGAAAAGGAUAAUAAUGACUUUGUUUUGAUUAAGUUACGACAACCACGUGGUCGUUCGAUUGAUUCGCCCGACGAUUCGGAUGAGAAUCGAAUGAUUGUGACGUUUAGUCAGCAUCAUAACAGCCAAGGAACAGAAGCUGAAGAGGCGUUACAUGAAAUGUCAGCCGUUAGCAGUCAAUAUCAAAUGGGCCAUCAUUUGCAUCAGCAAUCGUGGCGACAAUACGUUGAUGGUGAUAUUACGCCAACGAAUGAAAUGUGUGGCCGCACCAGUCGUGAUAUCAACACAUUGGCGGGUGAUAUUGACCGUGAUAGUCUAUUAAGAAAUCGAGGGAUGACGGUGCCGCAACGGAAUAAGCCCAUUGCGAUGGUGAAAGGCAAUGUCUUGCAUGCAAUUCCACAGCAACAACAGCAGCAAGAUCUGCUAAAGCCGAAAUUAGACGAAAUCCGAUCGAUAGCACCGGAACCACCGCGCCGACACUGUUCCAACAGUACACUCCGACCAAAUGGUUCACUUGAUCAAAUCUGUGAAGAUUAUGAAUCAUUGUCCAUUAGCGGGCAACCAUCCAAAGGUGCAUUCAAUUCACAGGACAUUUACAGCUAUUCGAAUCAAGUGCAAAGUCAAAUGCAUUCGAUGCCAUUCUAUGAUAGCUGCAAUCAGAUGUCAUUGAGUAUGCCAUCGGCCCAGCAACCGAUUUAUGCGAACUAUAAUGCCGUUGUGAAUGCAAUGCAUCCACAAAAAUCGCUGCCAAACAUACAAAUGACCAGUACAAAUCAUAUCCAAACACGAGCCGAAGUGCAUGCCGAAAAGGUGCCAUUCACAGCUAGCAACGAUUCAAAGUCAAACUCGAGCAUUGAUUCAAUCGAUCAAUUGCCAUUUGCCAAUGACAAUGCGGGCACAAUAAAGCAACGUGUAAAUCAGUAUAAUCAAAUGCAUUCAACGGCAAAUGUAUCGCUGGACGAUUCAUCAUCGUCACAGUCGAAAUCAGCAACUGCCGACAAUACGCCUACAAAUUUAUCAUCAGCCACGUCGCCGUGUCGCAACGAGGCAAAAGAUACGAGUCAAACGGAACACGCUAGCGUAUCGGUGCUGAAUGACAUUGGAAAUAUGCUGGCCAAUUUAACCGAUGAACUAGAUGCGAUGCUCGAGGAGGAAAAACGUGUCGGUCUUAAUGAUAGCGAGUAAAAACUUUCGGGCCCACUCUCGUUUCGACGGGGAAGAAGGGAGAAUGGAAUUCAGUUGCAUUGGUGCAAAACGAAAAGAAAUAGGCGUAGAAAGUUGUAUACACUAGGGAAACAAAUAAAAAAGAAGAAGAAGAAGAAGUAAAUAGCAAGUAAAUAAGCCAUAUCGUAGACAGGUCGAAGGUAAGGAGUCGAAACUGAUCGAAGAAAAGAAAACUACUUAAUACAAUUUAAAGGUGAAGAAAAACAAAUUAGAUUUAUACACACAACAUCGUCUGUUAUUAUUCGAGGAAUGAUCAAAUGGAACGCGUUUGCACGUUAUGACGUGAAUGGUGUUUUAGCGGCGGGCCCGCUUUGCAGUCAAUCGAGCGAGCGAACUGGCCGGCCGGCAAAAAACACAUGACAACUGACGAUCUCGAGCGAUGCAAAGAUCAAGAUAGAGAAAAAUAGUAAUCAAAAAGCAUAAAACAAAAUUGUAUAAUUCCCAUUUAUACAUAUAUAUGAGAAGCAUGCGAGCAUUUUGCUUGAUGCAAAACAGAAAAUAUGGGGAAUGUAUUUGAAAUUGUACCGUUACGCAUAGCAUAAUGAAAACAAAUAAUAAUAUUAAUUGUAAUAUGAUUUACUAACAAUAACAAAAACAAGAAUAAAAACAAGCCGUGUUCUGUUGAACAUUCGAACAUAAA